AUGAGUCAUAAAGGCCAAGUAUGGAUAAAUCUUCCACGGUUCACUGAAGAGUAUAGUAAAGGGGUCGGAAAUUUUGUCAAAAAUGCCAUGGUUAAGUAUGCAGUCGACGAUGAAUUAAAGUGUCCAUGUAGUAGAUGCAAGAGUAAGCACUGGUGGGGUCCUGAAGAUGUCUAUAAUCACCUUAUCUGCAAAGGUCCUUCACUGGAGAUUGCAGAUUGGGUGUAUGAUGUCUCAAAUAUGAAUGGUGGUAGUAGUUUGGUGGAUUCUGAAGCAAAUAUGGGGUUUGACGAUGAUUUGGAAGGGAUGUUGAAUAUUACUUAUGCCAACAGGGGACCGAAUGCAGAUGCAAGGAAAUUCUAUCGCCUAGUUGAAGAUGGCAAAAAGCCCUUGUAUCCUGGUUCCAAAAAACAUUCUCGGCUAAGUUUUUUGGUUAGGAUUUACCACUGGAAAUGUCUUAGUGGAGUAACAGAGUCUGGUUUUAGUGGAUUAUUAGAAAUAUUAAAAGAGGCAUUUCCUGAAAUUGAGGUACCUAGUUCUUUUUUUGCUGCUAAGAAAGUUAUUAGGGAUUUAGGUCUAAACUACGAGAAAAUACAUGCAUGUCCAAAUGACUGCAUGAUUUACUGGGGUAAAAAUAAGGAUUUAGUUUCUUGUACAAGCUGUGGUGUCUCAAGGUGGAGUGAUAAGCAAGAAGAAAAUAAAAAGAACGAAAUUCCAGCAAAAGUUAUGAGAUAUUUUCCUUUAAAACCAAGGCUGCAGCGACUGUACAUGUGUGAAGAAAUCUCAAAGCUAAUGUUGUGGCAUGCAGUAGAUCGAAAGAAAGACGGAAAAUUGCGGCAUCCGGCAGAUGGUAUAUCUUGGAAGACGAUGGAUGCUAAAUAUCCAAUGUUUUCAUCCGAAAAUCGUAAUGUCAGAUUAGGUUUAGCUUCCGACGGGUUCAAUCCCUUCCGUACAAUGAGCCUUAGUCAUAGCACGUGGCCAAUUAUCCUAGUCAACUAUAACCUGCCUCCAUGGCUCAACAUGAAACCUGAAAAUCUAAUUUUGUCCACACUUAUACCAGGUCCCAAUGAUCCCGGAAAUAAUAUUGAUGUUUAUAUGCAACCUUUGAUUGAGGAGUUGAAAGAGUUAUGGGAUGUAGGUGUAGAAACUUACGACGCUUCGAGGAAUCAGAAUUUUAUGCUAAGGGCAUCAGUUUUGUGGACGAUCAGCGAUUUUCCCGGUUAUGGCAUGUUGUCAGGUUGGAGUACUAAGGGGUACCUUGCAUGUCCUAUCUGUAGUUACGAGACAUCGUCGAUGUAUUUGAAGAAUAGCAGAAAAAUGUGCUAUAUGAAUCAUCGACGAUUCUUGGAUUCAAAUCAUAAAUGGAGGUCAGACAAAAGGCGGUUUAAUGGUCAAGUUGAGGUUGGCCAAGCCCCACCAGUUAUAUCAGGAAGCAUGAUCAAGAAGUUGUUGGCAGAAUCUAUGUGA